AUGUCGUUCAAUCCACUUAUGACUGUUCUCAAUCAAAACAAACUCGUUGGUCCGAAUUAUUUGGACUGGAAACGAAAUCUGGACAUUGUCCUUGCUGCGGAUGACUAUAAAUUCGUCCUAAGCACCCCUGCUCCAGCAGACUUAACUGAGGAAUCCACUGAAGAGGAAAGGGAGGCUCAUCGGAAGUGGCAUAGGGCUGAUCAAAUGAGCCGUUGCUACAUAUUGGCGUCAAUAACCAAUAUGUUGCAAUUGCAGGUUGAAAAGUUGCCUACUGCUACUGACAUGAUGUUGAGCCUCAAGGAGCUCUUUGGUGAGUCAGAUAGGGCUGCUCGAUUUGAGGCAAUGAGGAAGAUUAUGACUUCCUUCAUGCCAGAGGGAACUUCUGUGCGUGAGCAUGUUCUCAAGAUGAUGGAAAAUCUGAAUGAGAUAGAGCUGCUCGGGGGUCAAAUCGAUGCUGACACCAAGAUCGAUAUGAUCCUGCACUCACUCCCUAAGUCCUACGAGAAUUUCCGUCUCAACACAAUCCUGACCAAGAAGGACUAUACUUUAGCCGAGCUUCUUGUGGAUUUGGUUGCAGCGGAGGGACUCAUGGGUAGGACUCCACAGGCGCUGUUUUCUGCGCAGUCUGGACCUUCUUCGUCGAAAGGCGGGAAGAAGAAAAAGCCUGCCAAGAAAAAGGGUGCUGCAAAUACAAGACAGGACAUUGGAAAGCUGAUUGUCCCCUUCUGA